AUGUCGGAGGUCAAGAGCAAGAAUUUGUACGAGCUUCUUGGCAAUGAUCAUGAGUAUGAUUCUGACAAGGAGCCCGAGCCUCCAACCAAGACAGUAGAUAAGCCUCAACCUCGAUCUGGCAAGCGCGAUGCGCCCACCGUAGAGAAGACUGAUAGCGCUCCUCGACGCGACGCCGGAGCAAGAACUGGAGGUUUCUCUGAAGACAACCGACGCUUUCGAGACCGUACCAAUGCUCGAAACAACCCCAACACAGUCAACGCGAACACCAACCGAGAUCACCCAGUCGAAAAUACUGAUGGAGUGGUAAGAGGUCGAGAUAGCGGACCAGGCACUCAACGAGGUGGUCGAGGUCCUCGUGGGCCAAGACGUGGUGGUGACAGACACGUAAAUCGAACUGGUCGAGGUGAUCAUGCUAAACAAAUGGCUCAUGGCUGGGGCGAGCAGACUGGAGAGGGUGAGCAAGAAGAUGAGAAGCAAGGUGAAGCUCUUGCUCAGGAGGACAAGAAAGACGAGAUCAAAGAAGACGCCGCUGUUCCAGAUGAGCCAAUCCCUGAACCCGAGCCUGAGCCAGAAGACACCAGCGUAUCCUAUGCCGACUACCUUGCUCAACAAGCUGCUAAGAAAAUGGGAGACCUCGGUCUCAAAGAAGCUCGUGCUCCAAACGAAGGUUCCAAGGAGAACAAGAAGUGGAAGAACGCUACUGCUCUGGACAAGGCCAAGGAGGAAGAUACCUACUUCAUUGGUGAGGCUAAGGCCAAGCGAGAACGUGAACGAGCCUCAAAGAAACAAUUACUUGACAUCGAUUAUUCUUUCAAGGAGCCCCCACGAGAGAGCCGAGGUGGACGAGGAGCUGGCCGUGGUGGUCGAGGUCGUGGUGAGGGUCGUGGCGAGGGUCGUGGUGAAGGCCGAGGUGAAGGUCGAGGUCGAGGUGGUCGAGAUGGCGACUACCGACCCCGGGGUGGUGAUCGAGGAGACAGAGGUGCUGGUCGUGGAGGCCGUGGCCGGUCCGAACCGGUCGCUGUCAACGAUGCUUCUGCGUUUCCUGCUCUCGGCGGAAACUAA